AUGGCUGGGAGUGACCAACUCUUCGCAGAAAACGGGAAGCUAUACAGGUAUGAUGUCACUAACACGUCAGCGGCAGAGCCGAUAGACGACAGUGGCGUCAUAGUUGGGGACGGCUGGGAGAAGACGCGGCUGGUGAUCCUGGCAAAUGGAAAAUUUCCAGGACCGCCGAUCAUUGUGUACGAAGGACAGGAAGUUGUGGUUAACGUUCACAACGAGCUGGAAGGACUGGAUAUUACAAUCCACUGGCACGGCAUCGACAUGCACGGUACUCCCUGGAUGGACGGCGUACCAUUUAUAAACCAGUGUCCCAUUGCAUCCGGACAGUCCUUUAGAUACAAAUUUAAAGCGGGUGAAAAAGGAACGUAUUGGUGGCAUUCUCACAUGGGCACACAGCGGUCAAAUGGCAUUGCCGGAGCAUUAAUUGUUAAAACGAGGGAAGAGCCUUACCCCAACGAGCACACAAUGAUAGUUCAAGACUGGAAUCAUGACGGGGACGCAAAUUAUGCUACUCUGACAAUGGGCAAAAGCUACGACGGGAGGGUAAAGUGGCCUAGCUUUGAGGGAAUUGAUGGGGGAACCUGGGGACCCUUCCGAAUACACUCCGUACUCAUUGACGGUCGGGGUCGAUAUAAGGAUGAACAGACCAACAUCCCUAUUGAUACACCUCUGAAAUUCUACCGUGUGAAACAAGGUGACAUCUACAGAUUUCGGGUCAUAACGGCAGCCACUUAUUAUCCGCUGCGAAUAUCAGUAGAUGAGCACAUCAUGAAGGUAAUAGCAUCUGACGGAUUCGACUUAAAGCCUCUUAUAACUGAGUCUUUCGUAAUUUUUCCCGGGGAGCGAUACGACUUCAUUAUAACAUGUGACCGACCUGUAGCCAACUACUGGAUACGUGCAGUCCCAUUUGUCAAAAACCUUGACAUUGCGCCCGUCGGUGACGCUAUACUCCAAUACGCUGGCGCGGGGAAAUCCUACCCUACCACCUCUCGAAAUUGCAGUCUUGUUGGUGGAUGCUCCGUGGCAAACUGUCCGUUUGAUUACAAAUCUUUCAAAAUAUACAGUGACACAGAGUGCAUCAGUCAGGACAAGUUCAAGAGCUCAACAGGAACGAAAGCGGCUCCUGAUUACGAGAAAGGGAACUUCAGGCAGUUUUUCCUUAACUUUGGAUUCGUUCAAGGACUAGCUUCUGUCAAUGGUAGAAGUUUUAAAAGUCCAACGGUAAAUAUAUAUACACAACCUAAGGAGUUUUCUGCGUCCUGUGAAGAUAACCCGGAUUGUGCGAGAGAUGGAAAAGCGUGCUCGUGCAUGCACGUGCUAAAGUUUCCCGGAAACGCCGUCGUCCAGAUAGUACUUACCAAUUUGGUGCAAUCUCAGAGCGGCAGCUUCGGCAAGAACCAUCCGGUGCAUAUUCACGGACACACAUUCCACGUGGUCAAAUUAGGCUACGCCAGCUUCAAUCAGACGACUGGAGAACUCGACCAACCGACUCCAGAUAUUGUGUGCGAGAAUAAAGAUGGCUCUUUCGACGAGACCUGUAAAACCCCCAGAUGGAAAGACCAGUCAUGGAACCGAAAACUACCGGAUGUGAACCUUAAUCGAGCUUUCCUUAAGGACACUAUAUCCAUCCCGAGCGGGGGAUAUGUGGUGAUACGGUUCAGGGCAGAUAACCCGGGGGUGUGGAACGCGCACUGCCACAUGGAGCCCCACAACAUCGGAGGAAUGAGGUUCAUCAUGAACGAGUCGUUCCCUGAGCAGCCAAAAGCCCCAGCCAGCCUUCCCAUUUGUAAUAACUUCCCGCCUGCAGAGUACCGGCGAAAGAAAAUAAAGAAAUGUUCCUGGUAA